GGGAGGGGAGAGAGCGACAGCGAGAGAGAGAGAGAGAGAGAGCGAGCGAGCGAGCGAUUGCCUCUUUGACCUUGACCAACUAGUGGCUACUUGGCGCGUCCUCGCAUGGGUGCACAACUUCGUCAGGUCUCUUUUGCCCAUUCGUCUCCCCCUAGCGAAUGAAUCUGAGUGUUACAUAGACAAAUAAAAACAGGGAUGAGCGCCAUGUCAGCUCGUCAAACCGUGGAAUAGAAAGAGUCGCAUCCAGCGAGUCGGGAGUCAUAUUCGUGCGGCUUGCUGGGUGUCCAGGAUGUCCGAGAGUGGAUGUCUGCAGCAGGGCUCCCCAGCGGUGGGAGCGGCGGGUUCUACUCCUGCCGCUCCCGGGGGAGCAGGUAUGGAAAACUCCUAUACCGCUUCGGGAUCUGCUCGGAUUGCCGUGAAGAAGGCACUGCUUCGCUCCGCUCCGCGACUAAAGAAACUGGAGAAACUCGGAGUGUAUUCUUCUUGCAAGGCUGAAGAAUCAUGUAAGUGUAAUGGCUGGAAGAGUCAGAACCCACCUCCAACUCCACCAAGAGUUGAUUUGCAACAGACAGUGGUUAGCCUAAAUGAGCCCUGCCGCAGUUGUAGUCAUGAACUGGCUGAGCAUGUUUCUCACUUAGAAAAUGUGUCAGAAGAGGAGAUGAACAGACUUUUGGGCAUAGUUUUGGAUGUGGAACACUUGUUUACUUGCAUACAUAAAGAAGAAGAUGCUGACACUAAACAAGUUUAUUUCUGUCUUUUCAAACUUUUGAGAAAAUGCAUCUUGCAGAUGGGCAAACCUGUAGUAGAAGGUGCUUCAGAGAGCCCACCUUUUGAAAAACCCAGCAUUGAGCAAGGAGUAAACAAUUUUGUUCAAUAUAAAUUCAACCAUCUUCCCUCCAAAGAAAGACAGACUAUUGUAGAACUUGCCAAGAUGUUUUUAAAUCAAAUCAAUUACUGGCAGCUUGAGACUCCAUCUCAAAGAAGACUCCGAUCACCCAAUGAUGACGCUGAUGGAUAUAAAGUGAAUUAUACCAGGUGGUUGUGUUAUUGUAAUGUUCCCCAGUUCUGCGACAGUCUUCCUCGAUAUGAAGCAACGCAGGUGUUUGGGAGAGCACUUCUUAAAUCUAUCUUUACUGUUAUGCGAAGGCAGCUACUGGAACAGGCCAGACAAGAAAAAGACAAGCUUCCCCCAGAGAAACGAACAUUAAUCCUCACACAUUUUCCAAAAUUUCUUUCAAUGCUUGAGGAAGAAGUUUAUAGUCACAAUUCCCCAAUCUGGAAUGAAGAUUUUAUGACUUCAUCUAGUAGUCAGCUUGGCUUGCAAUCAGUUAUCAGUUCUCCUCCUGUGGCCAGGCGAUUUUCUUGCAGUUCCAGCCCAGCCACUAUGGAUUCAGCAAACUGUGAAGGCAUUAACUCAUUGUCUAAAGGUUCAAUUAUUUCCGAACCAAGUCUAGGAGAAAAACGUAAAUCUAUGGAAACUGUGUCUGAAGAUAGUAAAAGAGCAAGGGUUUUAGGAGAUAUUCCUAUGGAAUUAAUUAAUGAAGUGAUGUCAACUAUAGAUCCAAGUACAAUGCUGGGGCCAGAGCCCAGUUUCUUGUCUGCACACUCUGCCAGAGAUGAAGCUGCAAGACUAGAAGAGCGAAGGGGAGUGAUUGAAUUUCAUGUUGUUGGAAAUUCUCUAAACCAAAAACCAAACAAAAAGAUCAUGAUAUGGCUUGUUGGGCUACAGAACGUUUUUUCUCAUCAGCUUCCCAGAAUGCCAAAGGAAUAUAUUACAAGACUUGUAUUUGACCCGAAACAUAAAACUCUUGCUCUUAUUAAAGAUGGCCGCGUGAUUGGAGGGAUUUGCUUCAGAAUGUUUCCUUCACAAGGCUUCACUGAAAUUGUCUUCUGUGCUGUCACAUCAAAUGAGCAAGUAAAAGGAUAUGGAACUCAUCUUAUGAAUCACCUAAAGGAGCAUCACAUCAAGCACAGUAUUCUUAAUUUUCUGACUUAUGCAGAUGAAUAUGCCAUCGGCUAUUUCAAAAAACAAGGAUUUUCCAAAGACAUUAAGGUACCAAAAGAAAAAUAUGUUGGCUAUAUUAAGGACUAUGAAGGUGCUACCUUAAUGGGUUGUGAACUGAAUCCAAGGAUACCCUAUACUGAAUUUUCUGUGAUCAUAAAGAAACAAAAAGAGAUAAUUAAGAAGUUGAUAGAAAGGAAACAAGCACAGAUUCGAAAAGUAUAUCCUGGGCUUUCCUGUUUUAAGGAAGGUGUUCAACAAAUCCCCAUUGAAAGCAUUCCUGGCAUAAGGGAAACUGGAUGGAAACCUUUUGGAAGAGGGAAAGAGUUCAAGGACCCUGAUCAACUUUCUGCUGUCUUAAAAAGUAUUUUGCAGCAAGUAAAGAGCCAUCAAAAUGCAUGGCCUUUCAUGGAGCCAGUCAAAAAAACAGAAGCACCAGGGUACAGCGAUGUGAUACGCUUUCCCAUGGAUCUGAAGACAAUGAGCGAGCGUCUUAAAAAUCGGUAUUACACAACAAAGAAGCUCUUUAUGGCUGAUAUGCAGCGGAUCUUUACAAACUGCAGAGAAUACAAUCCCCCAGAAAGUGAAUAUUACAAGUGUGCAAACAUUCUGGAAAAGUAUUUUUAUACCAAAAUUAAAGAAACUGGUUUAAUAUAGAAACUAUACAAAUGUAGGGAAUGGUAAAAGCAAAUACUCUCAAGAAUUACUUUUUGCAUUUGUAGUAUUUUUAGGUCUUGUCAGCUGUUUGAAAGCUUGCAUUCGAAUGUAUGUGAUGUUUCUUAGUCAGUUGGCUGGAGAAACACUGGGAUUUGCCAGUCUGCCAGACCGUGCCUGCUAGGAUAUGACAUUACAAAAUAUUUUUGAUGCUGGUAGGACAAGUAAAGAUGGCUGCAUUUAUACACUGUGCACACAGCAGUGCUUGCAGAUAUAUUCUGUUAUUUUUGCUAUAUUUGCUUAUUCACCUAUAUACAUCCUGACUCCAUGAAGAUUUUCUAUUUGCUAAUUCAGUUAAAUGCAGCUGCCCCUCAUUGUACUCUAGGGUUCAGGGCUUUAAAGCCUGUUAAACUGGUUCUAGUUGCCAUCUCUGAAGCUAUUGCUUCAUGGUAUUGUGUCUCCUUAUUUAAACCUUUGCUGCCCUCUGCAGUUACAUGACACCUUUGGGCACACUACUCCACCAAAAUACAAAAGAAUAUAUUUAUGUAGUUUUUGACCACAAAAAAUUAUAUACUACCUCAGGUCAGAAAUAAGUGAAAAUUCCAUAUACAAUACAAAUACAAAUUAGCUCUACAUGCUACGAGUUACUAUCUUGUAUUCAUCCAGUGCUGAUCAAUGCUGUGGUACAUAAUGGUACAUUAUGAGCCUGCAACCAUGCAGCUAACUCCCAAAUUGCACUGUUUAUAUUGUGAGCCACAUAUAACAAGGACAAGCAAUGAGAUACACAUGAAUGUUAAUAACCUUAUCUAACUGGAACUGUAACCAGAAAAAAGCAGAUAGCCUGGAUCCAGGUAUGUAACUCUAAAGUAGGUUUUACUUGUACAUGGAUUACAUGAAACAACUAAUAUUUACAUAUGACCCACAUGAAUUAGUAAAAUACAGCAGUACUAUUUUUUUUUCUUUUUACUGCUUUAUAUAUUCUUGGUUUCCCCCAAACAUAUGCAUUCUCAUUUCUGCCAAUUUCCAUACUGUUUUAAUUAUAGGUGUUUCCAAAUCAUGAUGAAAGUAUUACACUUAUGAGCCCACUUUGGAUUAAAACAUACACACACAAAAAGCAAAAAGUGAAGCUUUCAGUAUAGUAGUGGGAGGUAUUUAUAGAUUGUAAAUAGUUGGUGAAUGCAACAUGACCUUCAUUAGAUAUCAAGUCAGCACAAGUGUCCCAUACAGAAUAGGAACUAAUGAUCUCUAGAAACUUCACAGCUUAUUCCAGGAAUUAUAAAGAAAAAUGAAGUGGAAACAAAACACAUACCAGUCCUAUCACAGUUUAUUGUGGUUCCUGAUUGGUAGUAGUCCUUUGUUAGUAUUGAUAUGAAAUUCAUAGCAAGUAUUCCUUAUCUGCCUGAACCUCUGAACUGAUGAUCUGCUACUUUUUCGUAGUAUUUAUGCUGUUGGCAUAUGUUAUUGGACAGACUGGAAAUAACAAGCCUUCCGGUGGGAAAAAUGGAAGCUUCCAGCUAGAAAAUUAGAUUAAAUUAACAAAACAUUUACCUGCUAUCUACUUUAUUAACACAAAAUAAAAAAUAAUAAUUGGGCUAUUUUAUUGGGACAGACCAGGAAGGAAAUCAAGUGACCUCAUAUUUCUCCCAAAAUCAGCCAGUCAGUCAAUUCUCCAAUCCACUAUAUUCUAACACAGGGUCACGGCUGGAGCCAAUCCCAGCCCGCACAAGGCAGGAACAAACCCGGGCAGGGUGCCAGCUCACCGCAGUUCUCCCAAAAUGCUUACUGUAAAUUUGCAAGAAUACGGCAAAGUGGGAAGGUGAGAAAUUACAAAUGGCAGCACUGGAAAUUCACAUAGCAAGUGAACAAGAACUGCUACGUCACAGAACUUGGAAACUUCAUUCUGGGUUAAUAAUUCGUCUUUAGUAUGAGAUCCUUUCAGAACAGAAUUGGUGCUUCCAAACUAUGGAUGAAUUUUUUGAGCCAAGUUAAAUAAAUGCACAAAUAAAUAAAAGUACUGUGAAAUGUGACAAUAAAUAAAUAAUAACAACAUGAAAUGGAAGU